GCCUUUUUCCGCCCUGAUCUGAUCCAGCGCUACAAAUCGUAACUCGCUUUCAAAAGACAUUUUGCAAAAAGAAGAAAAAUCAGCAGAAAAAGCGAACAGACAGCAAAAAGGCUUUCUAGUAUUCCGAUCGUCAUAUUCCGAUUCCAUACAAAGUCUUAUAAUUUUGACAUGACCGCUACUUGAACUUGCGUGACCUAUGUUCAGUUCAAUUAAGCUUGGGCUGCCUGUUUUUCUUUCUAAAGGCGGUAUCCUGGACGCGCGGUCAAAUUUCACAGAGCAAGUGUAACUUAGGCGGUCGAACAAUCGCUCAGCAUGGGUAAAAAUGUGUCUUUCUGGUUUUGAUCAGUUUUUCUGUUGACUUAACCCCGGGGUUGUAAGCCCUACAGUUGUGCGUGUGCUCCUGGAUACCAACAACCGAGGGUUGUCCAAUACACCCGACAUGAUAAUGGUGCACGAUGACAAUGACAUGACCCGCCCGAUUGACCUCUUCGAUUGUGAACCCACACACCUCAUUAACGACCCUGAUAAGGUCCAUUCCUAGCCUAGGCGGCAGGAAAGCCUAUAUACAUCUAGGUGUGAAAACCCACAGGCUCAACUAUAUCAGCUGCAUUCUUGAAGUUGUGAUUCGAGUUCAGUUCACGCACGCAAUGGAAGUCGACUUGYAUCUCAUCUGCGUAGCUCUACUCAUUGUUAUUGCCGCUUGGAUUUUAGAUCCUAUCCAAACAUUACUGCAGUUAUUACGAAAAAUGCGUGAUGGUGGGAAUACCAAUUGUUGUUCGUUUGCCGACAUACCAGGUCCAAGUGGGCUACCAUUUGUCGGCAGAGCUCUUCAUUAUAUCAAGAACUCCACCACUUUGAAAGAGUUCUUGAUUAUGCACGGAAGGACGUAUUUUCAGCAGUAUGGACCCAUAUACAAGGAGACAAUUAUGGGAAAGACUGUCGUGUAUAUUAGUGACCCGAAAGAUGCAGAAACUGUUUACAAAGCUGAAGGAAAAUAUCCCAAACGAGUGAUCCCACAAUUUAAGGCGAUCGAGAAGUACUACAAAAGCAAGAACAUGUCUCUGGUCAGCUUGGUCCAACUAGAGAAUGAAGAGUGGAACAAACUCCAUAAGGUCCUAGCACCUAAGAUGUUACGUCCGGGAGAUAUUCUAGAAAAUCUUGAAAAGUUAAGCAGUGUUGCAAGAGACGCUGUUGACCACAUGAUGACGUUAAGGGGUUUGAAUGGAGAAAUGCCUGACCUUGAAGGAGAAAUUCCUAAAUAUGUUGCUGAAUUUCUAGGUGCAGUGACACUUGAUGUUAGGAUUGGUUUGUAUGAUGACCCACCUAACAAGGAAACUCUCAAAAUGCUUGAAGAGACCUGCAAGUUUUUUCCUUUCUUGGAGAGAUUCGGUGGACUCUGGGAGGGCCUUCUUCUUAGGUUUGGGCUCAGUUCAACAACAUACAGAGAAUUCUGCCAAACUGAAGAUAAUGCUAUAGAAAUUGGCCAGAAGAUCGUGAACCAGAAGGUUAAGGAGCUUAGUGUAAAUGGGGAGGAAGAAUUUGUAGAAAAUCAAGGUGAGUCCUUGCUGAGUUAUCUCUUGACCAAGAGAAAGUUAACGCCGCAGGAGAUAAACUUGAAUUCUCUGGACAUGCUUCGAGCAGGAAUAAAUACAACAUCCACCAUUUCUUUGUGGUUACUUUAUGAUCUGGCAUGUCAUCCAGAGGUGCAGGAGAAGAUGUAUGAAGAGGUCAGCAGUCUGAUUGGUCCUCAUGGUGAUUUUACUCCCAUGACUUUUUCAAAGUUGAAAUAUGUCAAGGCUUGCAUUAAAGAAUCUUUGAGGUAAACGAAUUACUAAUCUAAGUGGGUCUAUAAAGCAGGAUGCCAUGUCAUGCUACCCCUUUUUUUUCCCA